CACUGCCUCUGCAACUAUUCCGGCACUCAGCGACUUGAGCCUGUUACUAUGGAUAGGGAACACGACAGUGAUUCCAGUGGUGACUCAUUGUUGCCACUUCUUGUAACUGGUUAUGCAAUUCAAUAUUUGAAGCGCAAGCGAAGUAUUGAUGAAGACAGUGAUGAUGGAACGACUUCCCGAAUUACAAAACAACCAAUGAAUACACGCCAACUCACAGGUCAUACAUGGGUCUUUGAAAUGCUAAGCCCUGAUAGACCUCCAAGAAGGGUUCGUAGACUAUUUCGUAUGUCUAGGGAGCAUUUCACUGGGUUGGUGUCUGCAUUGAAAGAACGAGGUUUAUUGGCAAACACAAAGAACAUUACAGUGGAGGAACAGUUGUCAAUGGCCAUCUUAAUGAUGGCUCACAAUGUUAGAAAUGAUGUCAUCCAAGAAUUGUUUCAGCAUUCGGGUGAAACAGUGAGCCGUCACUUCCAUAAUGUAUUGGCAGCCCUACGAACAUUCUCUAGAGAGAUGGUACAACCACCCUCAUUUGAGGAGACACCACUUCAGAUCAAAUCCAAUCAGAAGUAUUAUCCAUUCUUUGCCAAUUGCAUUGGUGCAAUAGAUGGAACACACAUAAGCGCGUCAAUUCCACUUGCAAAACAAGUACCAUAUAUAUCCAGUAGAAAAAAUAAAGUUACCCAAAAUGUAUGUGCUGCAUGUUCAUUUGACAUGUGCUUUACCUUCAUUUGGGCUGGCUGGGAGGGUUCAGCACAUGAUAACCGAAUCUUAUGGGAAGCCAUCAACACUCCUCGUCUAAAGUUUCCCCAUCCGCCACCAGGAAAACACUAUCUUGUUGAUUCUGAAUACACACAUAUGCCUGGGUAUAUGGCUCCUUUCAAGAAUGUUCAAUAUCAUCAACAUGAUUUUAGGCAUACAAGACCACAAGGAGCUGAGGAGUUAUUUAACUUUACACACUCAUCAUUAAGAAUCGUUAUUGAAAGAUCAUUUGGCGUCUUGAAGAAGCGUUUCCCCAUUUUGAAGACGAUGCCCACAUAUAGUUUCAAGACACAAGUAUUGAUUGUAAUUGCUUGUGUAGCCAUACACAAUUUCAUUAGAAAGCAAAUGACAUCGGAUUGGUUAUUUGAAAAGGCAGAGAGGGGAGAGUUUGAUGAUGAAAGUGAAGAUGACGCUAGUGAUAGUGAUGACUAUGAGGACGUGAACAGCGCAAAUGUGGUAGAUAAUAUGCAACAACAGCAAUGGGAAACAUAUCGGAAACAAAUUGCAGAUCAGAUUGAGGAAGCCUAUAAGGAUUUAGGAUGAAUAAAUGUGUCUAUUGUGUUUUUUCAUUUUCUGUGUAACUGUUUGGUAUGUCUUUGUUAACAAAUAUUAUGGAUAGGUUUUUUAUUUUCUAUGUAACUGUUUGGUAUGUCUUUGUUAACAAAUAUUAUGGAUGGACUA